CCCUUUUCAGAUUUUCUUACAUCGAAAGUCUAAUUUGUUUCUUUAAUUUAUUUCAGUUUUUGAAUAAUUCUCCAAUCCAGACGUAGCAACCUUUGGAGAACUAAUCUCCAUGUUAUCAAAUUCCAGCUCUCUCUAAGCUGUCUCUCUCUCUCCACGCGUUUACGCUUCCUAUUCGUCGCUUAAAAAUCCUCCGUUUCUACAAAAUCUCCGAUACAAACGAAGAAGAAGCAUCAAAAGCAUGGCUUUGGGCUUUAGUACUGCAGUGUUGAUCUUUUUCGUUUUUACAGCAAUACCCUUUUCGAUCUCUCAGUCCCAGCCCCAGGCCCCGUCUCCGGCGGCGGAUGCCUGUAAUGGGGUGUUUGUUUCGUAUACUUAUGAGAGUGGAUCGCGGCUGCCGCCGGUGAAUCCGAGGAAUCAGGCGUACCGGUUCGAAUCCACGUUGACGGUGCUGAAUAAUGGGCUCGAGGACCUCAAGUCGUGGAGGGUAUUUGUGGGGUUUCAGCACGAGGAGAUCUUGGUCUCUGCUUCUAAUGCUGUGCUUGCUGAUGGGUCUAGCGUGCCUGGGAGUGUUGAAAAUGGGACUAUUUUCGCUGGCUACCCGAUGACGGAUCUUAAGACGGCGAUUGAGACUGCUGGGGAUGUGACCCAGAUGCAGGUUCAGGUGAAGCUGGUGGGGACGCAGUUCGGUGUGGCUCCGCCGCGCGUGCCAUUGCCGGCGAAUAUUACUUUGGCUAAUGAUGGAUAUGUUUGUCCCAGGGCUACUAUGCAAGGUACGAAUGAGAUGCAAGUUUGUUGCACUGUGAACUCAAAUUUUAAGACAAACAUCACGUUAGACGGAGAAUUCCUCCCUCGCAAAGAGGGUGAUCUUACUAUAAUGUAUGAUGUGAUCAGAACUUACGAUUCAAAUUACUGGGCACAGGUUACAGUCGCAAAUCAUAACCCCCUUGGCCGCCUCGAUAAUUGGAAACUGAGCUGGGACUGGAUGAAUGAUGAAUUUAUCUAUGUCAUGAAAGGGGCAUACCCUAAUGUUGUUGAUUCCUCUGACUGCAUAUUCGGUCCACAGGGUGUAUACUACAAGGAUCUAGAUUUUGCCACUGUACUGAAUUGUGAAAGAAGGCCGACAAUAAUUGACCUACCUCCGACAAUGGCCAAUGAUACAACCCUUGGUUUGGUUCCAUUUUGUUGUCGUAAUGGUACGAUCUUGCCACGAACAAUGGACCCAGCCAAGUCGACUUCAGUCUUCCAGCUUCAAGUCUUUAAGAUGCCACCCAAUCUCAAUCGGUCAGAGCUUCUCCCACCUCAGAACUGGAGGAUCAAUGGCACACUCAACCCUGAUUAUCAAUGUGGUCCUCCUGUGCGGGUAAGCCCAAGCCAAUACCCAGAUUCAAGUGGCUUGCCAUUGAACAAAACUGCCUUUGCCAGUUGGCAGGUGGUUUGUAAUAUCACCCAGCCCAAGGGCGCAAGUCCUAAAUGUUGUGUAUCGUUCUCUGCAUACUACAAUGAAUCUGUCGUCCCUUGCAGAACCUGUGCUUGUGGUUGUCCUAGCAACACAGGUAGAACUUGUAGUACCACAGCUCCUGCUCUUCUUCUUCCUGCACAGGCACUUCUCAUUCCAUUUGAGAAUCGUACUACCUUGGCUACUACUUGGGCUGACCUUAAACGUCGGACCGUGCCUAACCCAAUGCCAUGUGGAGAUAAUUGUGGAGUCAGCAUCAACUGGCACCUAAAUUCAGACUAUUCUCGAGGAUGGACAGCAAGGGUCACGGUUUUCAACUGGGAUGAAAUUGCUUUUCCUGAUUGGUUUGCUGCUGUACAAUUGGACAAGGCAACCCCUGGCUUUGAAAAGGCAUAUUCCUUUAAUGGAUCUGCAUUGGAAUUGAACGGUGUCAACAAUACCAUAUUCAUGCAGGGGAAUCCUGGACUGAAUUAUCUUGUUGGAGAAACUGAUGGAGCCAACCCAGAGAGGGACCCUAGGGUUCCUGGGAAACAACAAUCGGUCAUCUCAUUCACGAAGAAAACAACUCCUGGAAUUAAUGUGGUUGCUGGAGAUGGAUUUCCUACCAAAGUGUUCUUUAAUGGUGAGGAAUGUGCGCUUCCUUCUUUUCGCCCAAGUGACAGCAGUAGAACGGUCUCAGCUACAGCGUUUUCAGUUCUCAUAGCAGUGGUGGUGUUCUUUUUCAUGCAGCAGUAGCUGAUGGAUAAGUAUUCUGGUUUUCCAGCUACGUUCUCCGCUUGGUUUUCCAGCUGCUGCUGAUUUGUUCAUUCUUUUAGUAUUUUUGAUUGAUGCAUGCUUCACUCAGAGACUUGGUAUUGCGAGAGGGCAAUGUCUGUGAUGCUCGGUAUAUACUUGAUGUUGAUUCGGUAAUGGACGGGUACACCUGCUGCUGAAUUGAAGAAUCUGAAUUGAGGAUAGAUUGCUUCCCUAAUGGAUGGUACAAUGCGUUUGAAGAACUUGGAGACCGCUGAUACACUGUAAUGUAGAAUUUCAUAGUGUAUGCACACUACAUUGAUCUGAAUUUGCAAAGAUUUCACUCUAUAUAUAUAGUACAUGUCUUCUCUAAAACCUUGGUGAGCUGAAUGAUAAUGUAGGAUUAUGUGGCG